AUGCAUCUAUUUGGGCCUCUCUUGUUACUUAGUUUACUCAUACCAGGCCUAUUGGCCUCUGUCAUUACUUGUCCGACCGGUUGCGAUAAGGUAUUUCAAUCUUUAUUCACUGAUUGCUCAUUGGAAAAGGCCGAAGAAGCACUGAAACAAUUAGAUAGUCCGUGCGCACACUUUUAUCGCUACUUUAUAUCUAGUUAUUACCACUUAGAUGGGAAGAGUGCACUUAAAUCUCUACUUAUUUCACUUGAUUCUGAAUGUGAAGUAAAAGAUCUUGCCCGAAUGGUUUAUGCCUCGAAGAUAGAUGGUAAGUACGGGUUAUUAGGAACUGCUCAGGAAUCAGGUGAGUACUUUCGUGAUCUAGCUGAGAAGGUCUUUAAGACAUUCUUUACUCAGAAGUUAGUCCUGUUUGCUAAAUGGGAGUUUGAACAUUUGGAGAAGGAAGGUGAAAACAAGCGGAUUAUUGAUUUCAUUAAGACUUUGACUCGUGGUGGAGAUGCAUCAGCAGCUGAGAAUUUAUUGUCUUUGAUUAAGAUAGGACAUGUAGAUGCGGCUGCGCAUUUAGAUUUCUUGAAAGCUAGUGCUAGAGCCGGUCGAGCCGAUGCAAUGGGUAUUCUCGGGAAUAUGUACUACUAUGGCUGGGGUGUAGCCCAAAGUAAAAUGGCUGCUCGCCACUACUUUGCUGAAGGGGCUAAGAAGAACGAUCCUGACUGUUUGAACGGUCUAGGAAUGAUUCUAGCCCAAGAGAAGAGUAUUGGUGAAGCUAAAGGUCUACUGGAGAAAGCUUCGGCAAUGGGUUCAGCCGCUGCUGAUUAUAACUUGUUUUUGAUCUAUGAAGAUAGUAAGAACUUCCUAGGCGAUUUACAUCUGUUAAAAGCAGCUAAGCAAGAAGGGUACUUGCCAGCAGUGUAUAGACAUGGUUUAAAUGCCUGGAAGAGAAAAGAGUACCAAGCAUCAGCUUCACAAUUCAAAAGCAUUGCUUCAUACUCCCCUAAGAUUCUUGAGUUAGAAAAGCUAGCAGUAAGUUAUUGUCGCAAUCAGCAAGAUAAGGCGGCUUUUUAUCUAUCCUUACUAUUAGGAGAUUUAGGCCAAACAACUAGUUAUAAGAAUGCUUUAUUUGUUCUUCAAACUCGCCAGUUAAAGAUUCCACAAGUUGAUAUGUUACGUAUUCUUAUUGCCCGACGAGUAGCCGAUACGGGCAGUAGUCAAGCGGCUAUUUGUCUGGGUAAUGUUUACUACUACGGCCAGGGAGUUCCAAUCGACCGUUCUAAAGCAUUCGCCCGGUACUUUGCUGCUUCUUUAAUGGGUUCAGCUGAAGCCCACUACUUACUAGGCUGGAUGUAUGAGCAUGGCCAAGGUGUACCUACCAAUUACUUACAAGCCCGCCAUCUUUAUGCCCGCAUGCUUAAAACCAAUCCCUCCGCCUACCUUCUUUAUGUUCUCCUCCUUAUUCGGCUCUUCCUUAAGCAGCACCGAGCUAAAAUCAUCUCUACGUUUACUCUUCUAGGUAGUUUUAUCCUUUCCACCUAUCUACUUAGCACACUUAAAUCCUUCCCUAUUCUUUCCCUUCUGACCAGUCCGUUUACCACCACCAAGCCAACCAAUCAAGACGACCUCCUACCAGAACCAACUCAACCCACCAGUCAAGAUGAAUUAGCUGAUGAUGAAUUAGGUGAUGAUGAGUUAAUUGAAGCUGACUUAGCUGAAGAUGAGUUGAGUAAUGACGUAGGUGAUGAAUUGGUUGAUGAUGAAUUAGUUGAAGCUGACUUAGGUGAUGACCUAGGUGAAGAUAACUUAUGUGAAGAUGAGUUAAUUGAAAAUGAGUUAAUUGAAGCUGAUUUAGCUGAAGAUGACUUAGCUGAAGAUAACUUAUGUGAAGCUGACUUAGGUGAUGAAUUAGUUGAAGCUGACUUAGCUGAAGAUGAGUUGAAUAAUGACUUAGGUGAUGAAUUAGUUGAAGCUGACUUAGUUGAAGCAGACUUAGCUGACGAGAACUUAGCUGAUGAUGACUUAGCAGAAGAUAACUUAGAAGAAGAUAUUGAAUUCAGUUUUAAUGAUAGUGAUAAUGAAAAUGACCUCAGUGCCGACGAAGUACUUGAUGACUUAAUUACAAACAACAAUAUUCCCAACCAGAAUGAAGAUACUACUACUACUACUACUACCUCAAACAAUCCCGAAGUAGAUAACUCUAACUCCAACUAA